AUGCCAUCAAGAGAGGAAGAAGACAAAAACGCUAAGCACAAAGCUCGGGAAGACCGUCGCAAGCAUAGCAGCAGCGCGUCUUCCAGGUCUCGACGGGAACCCAGCGAUCGAGAUCGCGAUCGAAGGGAGAAAGAUCGAGCUCGCAGAGGUCGUGACGACAGUAGAAGCGCUGCUCCGGGAGCAUUUGCUGGCACUGAUUUGUCGCAAAGCAGAUCAAAGAAAUCCUCUGGUAGACCAAGAUCUUCUGGUGAUGCUAUCGAUCGAAGUGAUCGCGGUAGCGGCCGUUAUUCCAGAUCUGAUGGCAAAGGAUCCAGGUCUUCAGCACGCAAAAGCCGAAGCUCAAAGCCAGCUACUGUUCCUGGUGCAGUCACUUCGUCCACAGCUGAUGCUCGUAGGGAACAGCGCAAAGCUGGGAACCGAAAAGAUUCCAGCAGAAGAAAUCAGGGCGAUUCCAGCAGGCCCGAUAGAGCUCAGCAAAAGUUGAAGGCUGCUGGCAUGCUGGAACUUGAAGAGGGCGGACAGAAGAAGGAUCUAGAAUCAAAGCCUAUUGAGGAUACUACUGGCGAAGGAGCAGCAAUAAACAUCAACAAAGGCGGUGAGGUAUUGCUUGAAGCCGUAGCUGUGGACGAAAACGCAGGAAAAGCUCCAGUCGAUGCAACGGAGGACGCUUCCACUACAACCAAAGGCGUGGUCUCCCCAGCACCAGUACCUAACGGUACCGGAGGCCCACCAGACACCACUCCUCAUAACGAAGAAGACAAGCAACCCGAAUCCAAAGAAAAACCAUUUUAUUGCAAAGGCUGGUUCUGGGUUGUCGUCCUACUAAUCUUGGUUGGAGGAGCCGUCGCCAUCUUUUUUGGGACGCGAACCAAUGACACCACUGCCGCUGUUCCUGAGUCAGAGACUGUUUCUGGAACUGAUCCUGAUCCUGAUCCAACAGAGUCUGUGCCAACAAUGGCACCUGUAUCCAGCAGUCCCUCUGGAUCACCCUCCAGCACGCCAAGCAGUCUAGUCUUGUUGGAUCUUCCUCCUUCAUCAGAAGACUGCGCCGCAAUUGCCAACGGAGAAGUGGUGCCUGGGCAAGACGAUACCGUAUUGCAAAGCUUCCAGGUACAAAUGGAUGUUGUGCUAGACUCUGAAUAUCCUGAUGACACGACAGCCCAGGAGUUGGAAGAGAAAAUCCAAGCUCUUUUCAUGCCAGAACUCGUCGGGUGUCCAAUCAACACUGAAAGACGCAUGCUGAGGACUCUGUCCGGGCAAGAAAAUCUAUCUCGUCAGAGCAGUUCUUCCUCGGAUAAUGUGAAGAUUGUAAAUGGUCUCGCAACGGUGCGACCAGAAUCAACUACAGGUUGUGUGCAGAGCGACGAAACACCGUGCUUGCAUGUAUCCACAAUCCUUGAUUUGUACUUGAAGGAGUCUGCUACAACAUUUACCUUGACAAAUAUGAUCAUUCAAGUAUUUGGACCAGAACCAGAGUUGGUUGCAAAGCUUGGCUUGCCUCAACCAUUCAAGGAAGUACUCAUUGUUUCCAUGGGGGCUACGGGCACAGGUCCUGCACCUCCUGUUCCCCCGUCAGAUUCUUCGGCUACUCCCAGUGCAAGUCCAUCCAGUGCUCCUAGUGCAUCUGCUUUCAGCAAUCCCACCCAAGCUCCUGCUUCAUUUCCGACCACUGAUGAGCCAACAUUGAUGCCUAGUCCGCUUCCAUCAUCUGCUCCUACAUCAGCACCAUCCCUUGGUCCAACAUUGGUUCCAACACUUGUUCCGGUACCUGAUGCAACACCACUACCGACAUCGCAACCAUCACAAGGUCCAACAAAACUGCCAACACCACUGCCAACACCACUGCCAACACCACUGCCAACACCACUGCCAACUAGAAGUCCAACACAACUGCCAUCUAUUGCCCUUUCAACUUCACCCAGCCCUGGGCCUUCUAGUGCGCCUUCGGCUUUUGAUGGACUGGGUGUUCCAAUUGUGGCUGAUUGGGAUAACCAAGUCGUCGUUGGAGACAAUACUGGAAGAUAUUUCCUUUUCCGCCCAGAGCAUUGGGAGGCUGUUUUUGGGCCAUUGCCUGCUACAGGAGUAGCAACAAUAUAUGAAGUGGAACAACGACGAAACGGUCAAGUCAUGUGGCAAGGAGCAGUGGCAAUUUGGAUAUGGGAUUCAACACGGCCCGAUAUUGGUAAUCCUGAGGGGUAUGAGUCUGGGAGACGCGACCCUAAUGGUAGUUCUGCUAAUGGACAAUGGCAAACUGGGGAUGUCAUUGUUCCAUCACCCUGUUUUCAAACCAAUACUGAGCUGUCUGAUGCAGUAGGCAACUGGUUUGAUACCCCUGAAUUAAAGGCAUCAGUUGAAGACCAAUAUGGCCCAAUCGCAGACUGGUGUUUUGGUGCAGGUGUUACAAGCAUGCAGAACCUGUUCUUUGAACGUUCUACUUUCAAUGAGGAUAUCGGAAACUGGGAUGUGUCAUCUGUAACAAAUAUGGAUCAGAUGUUUGAGGGUGCAAGUGUCUUCAACCAGGACUUGUCAUCAUGGGAUGUUUCUUCUGUUACAUCCAUGGCCAGUAUGUUCAGAUGGGCAUCAGUCUUCGAUGGAGACAUAUCAUCAUGGGAUGUUUCUUCUGUCACGGACAUUAGUGGCAUGUUCGAAUAUGCACAGAAAUUCAAUCAAGACAUAUCAUCAUGGGACGUUUCGAGUGUCAGGACUUUGGCUUCCACUUUCCGUAUUGCAUCACUUUUCAACCAAGACUUGUCGUCAUGGGAUGUUUCUUCCGUAACUGAUAUGGGUUCCACCUUUCAUGCAAGCCCAUUCAAUCAAGACAUAUCAUCAUGGGAUGUUUCCUCUGUAACGUCAAUGUAUCGAACGUUCCGGGGGACCGUCUUUGACCAAGACUUGUCAUCUUGGGAUGUAUCUUCGGUGACUAAUAUGAGGGAAAUGUUCCAAGAUGCAUGGGAAUUCAAUCAAGACAUAUCAUCAUGGAAUGUUGCUUCACUCAUUGAUAUGGGUAGAAUGUUUGCUGGGGCAAGAUCCCUGAAUCAGAAUUUUUGUGCAUGGGGCUCAUUCAGCAGUAUCAGUAGUGUGUCAAAUUCGUUCCAGGGCGCAUGGCGGUGCCCUUCACCAUCUAACCCAGACCUCUCUUCAAAUCCACCGGGUCCCUUUUGCCAUAUCUGUUAG